AUGAAAUUCCACCUCUUACUCUUCUUGGCGGUGCUGAACGGCGGCAUCUCUACCUACCGGCCCAUGGAAGUGUCGCCCUGUGAAAUGAGGAACAUGGAGGCGUUGUGUCACAGCAAAGACCUUCACCAGAUACCUCCAGCACUUCAUCCAAGCGUAGAUAAAAUUAACCUUUCCAGAAACAAGCUUCAGAACAUCACGGAGCACCCCCUGACCUUCUACACCUCCCUCCGACACUUGGAUUUAAGCUCCAACCGUAUCGACUUCAUCAAGCCCGAGAUCUUUGCAGGUAUGAGGAGUCUGGAGGAACUCAAUUUAGCCAACAACCAACUCUAUCGCUUGGCUCAGGAGGACCGGUGGAUUGGGCUACUCCCGCGUGUCAGGACACUAGACCUGUCUCGCAACCAACUCUAUAACAGGAUGGCCGAGCAUUUCCUCCACGAAGCGCCAUCCCUUCAGUAUCUGUCAUUGGCAGAGAACAGCAUUCUAGAAAUAUCACGAAGGACAUUUCAGGGUUCUCCAGGUCUGGUCGAGGUGAACUUGCACAACAAUAUGAUCAUGGAGAUAGAGGAAGGAGCCUUUGAGGCUCUGUUGCAUCUCUCCACGCUCAAUCUCUCCAGGAACUCACUCACUUGCAUCGUUGGUUUCAACCUGAAGCAGCUGCAGUUUCUGGACCUCAGCCGAAACAGCAUUGAGAGUUUCCAUUCCGUUCAAACCAAGGAAGAGUUCAACCUGGUUUGGCUGGACUUGAGUGAGAACAAGAUGCUUCGGUUCCCAGUUCUUCCCCAAGUAAACAAGCUAGCCUAUUUGAAUUUAACGAAGAAUAUCCUGCAGUUUGUUAUGGUGGAAUCUCCUAACGCUGAUGUGGAAUAUGGCUGGCAGGAUGGACCUCUUAAUCUUCUGGGUGAAGAUCCAAAAAGCAGUGCAAGUGCUCCCUCCCUGCCUGGGCUGUUCCAUCUGGACCUCAGCCAUAAUGAGAUCAAAUCCAUCCCGAGCGCCUUCUUUGCUUCCAUGUCAGCCCUUCAGUUUCUUAACCUCAGCAAAAAUUGCCUCCAGACGUUCGCAGCAAGUUCCGAGCUGAAGUCGCUGGCCAUUCUCGACAUCAGUUCUAACUCUUUGCGGAAUCUGGAAUUGGAUGCAGACGCCCUGGUCAAGUUGCAGGAGUUCUACCUCCAAGACAAUCGCCUCCAAGAGCUAAGGUCAGAUCUCUUUGCAAGCCUCCCACGUAUCUGGCUGCUGAACCUCCGAAGUAACAACCUCAGUCUAUGCAGCUCAGGGCUAGCCCGACAGAGGCUUGCGGCUGAGGCAAGCGGCUGCGUCUCCUUCAUUGGCCUUCCGGAACUCCGGCAUUUGUAUCUGUCAGACAACAAGUUGAAGAACCUCCCGAUGUACGGUUUCUACAGAACUCAGCUUCUGACCUUGGAUCUCUCAAUGAACUGGGGGCUUCACGUGGAGGACAAAUCGUUCUCGGGUUUAGAACAGUCUCUGGAACAUUUGGAUCUACAUGGCAAUGGCAUGACGACACUCGACGUCAACUUCCCUCUCUUCUCUCAACUCAAAUAUCUCAACCUCUCGGACAAUCAGCUCAGCUGGUUGCCGGCUUGGUCAGAGGACUGCUGUGCAUUGGAAGUUCUGGACCUGCAGAACAACAGCUUCAGCAGUCUGAAAAACAGCAAGAUCCCAGCUCUGGAAAACAAAUUACGGAACCUAUACCUGGCUGGGAACCCCCUCACUUGCUGUGGGAACAUGUGGCUCUCUCACAUGAUCCACAAAGCCACAGUGGAGAUCCCCAAUUUAGACCGCGUCAGAUGCCAGCGGGCCAAGAGUUUUGGAUACGGUGAAGAAGAAAUGAGUGUUAGCAACAUCAAGCCGGAAGACUGCGAGAAAGAGGACCUGAAGAAGAUGAGCGUGCUGAUUUUGCUAGCAGCGGUUCUGGCUCUCUCUAUGAUUGUCAUCGGACUGGGUGUGUUUUGUUGCUAUCGCAGGAACGUUUUUGGACGUCACUAUAAGGCAUAGACUGUGGGCCUGUUCCUAGGUGCGUUUACAUCAUUCACCCAGUCGCCACCAGAUGACUUACAGCCACUGAAGAGCACUUGAGGUGACAUGGACGUCCAGGCUUGUUCACAUGUGCAAGUCCUCACUUGAUGAGCAAGUUCGUGAGAAAGAACCCCAAGAAUUUCGCUCGGGGCUCCUCAGCUUAUGAAGAUAAACCCAGUAGGGUCUACCCCGGGGUUUCCCAAACCUUUGACAGCUGGGCUGCUGUUGUUGUUUUAGCUGGAUUGAAAUGGAAGGCACACUGUUCAUUUUGACUCAAAACCUACAUUUUCCUCAAUCAGCUUCCAGAAUAGUUGGGGGGGGGCAUUUUCCUUGCAACUCCAAGAUACCCUAGUUAACAUUGCCUUCUGGCUCCCUGUCCUCCAGGAUACGCUAGUUAACGUUGCCUCCUGGCUUCCUGUCCUCCAGGAUACCCUUGUUAACUUGUCUCCUAGCUCCCUGUC